AUGACCUCAACAACCACCCCCAAUAGAGGCCUGGUGGUUUUCUCAGGAGGAAGUGCUGCUAAUAAUCUGGUCGAUGUUUUCAGCAGCGUGCGCGAUAGUAAGAGCUGUCUGCUCAGCUACAUCAUCCCCAUCAGCGAUAAUGGAGGCUCAUCCUCGGAGCUGAUCCGAAUCUUUGGCGGUCCUGGGAUUGGCGAUGUCCGAAGUCGUUUGGUCCGGCUCAUUCCCGACUGCCCGCCAAACUCUGAACGGGCCGCAAUCAAGACCAUCUUCAAUCAUCGCCUCCCGCCAGAUGCUGGGGCAGCUCUUGCCGAAUGGCAGUCGAUCGUCGAUGGGACCUCCAGUCUCUGGAGAUCGAUCACUCCCGCAAAGAAGGAGCUGGUCCGCUCAUUUUUCAAUCUUCUGAACUUGGAGAUCCUCAAACGCGCCAGACCGCCAUCAUCCACUUUUGACUUCACUUCUGCCAGUGUUGGCAACUUGUUCUUGACCGGUGCUCGCCUUUUUAGUGGAAGUUUUGAGAGCGCAAUCUAUCUUCUAGGGAGUAUCUGUGGAGUCCCUUCGGACGUUGUUCGUGUGAUUCCUGCGAUCAACUCCAAUUUCUCGCACCACAUCUCCGCUUCUCUGGAUGACGGCACGGUUAUCGUCGGCCAGAAUAGUAUUUCACACCCCAGUGAGGCUACCGCUCUGCAACCUCGACCUGGGUCUCGACGGCCCAGUUUACUACUCGCCGAUGGAGCUGAAGAUAUUGAGCCGCCCGAUGUCUCUGACGCAAUCUCCUACGAGGAUGACCACCUGCCCGGGUCCUUGCCCACUCUACGCAACAAGAACAUACAAUUUUCUAAGUCGGAGAACGAAGAUCUUCCCUCACGCAUUACCCGCAUCUGGUACAUCAAUCCCUACGGUCAGGAGAUCCGACCUCCGGCCAAUCCGCGCGUGCUCGAAGCCCUGCGCGAUGCGCAGGCAAUAACAUACAGUAUCGGCUCGUUAUACACAUCCAUCAUCCCCUCCCUGAUCCUCCGAGGAGUCGGACAAGCAAUCGUCGCAAGCCCCGCACGCCAUAAGAUUCUUAUCCUAAACGGAUCCCUAGAUCGCGAAACAGGCCCGCCUUCCGAGCCCUUCACAGCAGUAGAGUUCGUCGAGGCGAUCACUCGCGCCGGUGAAGAAAGCCGUGGCCGAACGACCCUCCGUCUAUCGGACCACCAGCGGCACCCAUCUUCUUCUCUUGAUCCUAAUCUCCCAUACUCCUCGUACGUCACGCAUAUCCUGCACCUCGACGGCCCUGGAACCCCUCGCGUCGACCGCGACCGCCUAGCGGACAUGGGCAUCGAAACGCUCCGUCUCUACGGUCGGAAGAUCGUUACAAUCGGUGCCGAUGGCUCAGAGGUUCCGGUAGGUAUGAAAUACGAUUCUACGGCGCUUGUGCAAGCCCUGGAAGUUGUUCUAGGAAAGAAAGGCGACGCGAUGCUGCGUGGCGGUGAUGGGAACGGAUUGAGUCGGCGGAAUACAUUAGAUCCAGGGCGGAAAAGACGCGAAUGA